GAUGAUGAUGAUGAUGAUGAUGAUGAUGAUGAUGAUGAUGAUGAUGAUGAUGAAUCGCCAGGGAACGAAGGAUACGGUGGAAUGGGCAUUUAAACAAAAAGUCAAAUAG